AUGUCGUCGUUCGAUCUGAAUGAUCUUGGAGCACAAUUAGAAGACGUUGCUGAAAGUAAUGCCAGCAGUGGUGUAUCUUUCGCAAAGCAAUCGCUCAAACUUGACACCGAGGAAGACGCAUUGGAGAUAGUCAAAGCAAUAAGAGCGUGUACAAAUUUGGAAUAUUUAGACUUGGAAGGCAACACUUUAGGACCGCUUGCUGCCAAAGCUGUGGCACAAGCACUGCAAGAAAAUGGUUCAUUAAUGAAACGAGCCCUUUGGAAAGAUAUGUUCACUGGUCGCGUAAAGACUGAGAUACCAAAAGCUCUUGAAUAUCUUGGCUCUGCAUUAUGUAUUGCUGGUACACGUCUUUUUGAGCUUGAUUUAAGUGAUAAUGCUUUUGGUCCAAUUGGUAUUAAAGGACUAGCCAAUUUUUUGACUUCUAGUUCUUGUUAUACUCUUCGUGUAUUGAGACUAAAUAACAAUGGACUUGGAAUAUCUGGUGGUAAAAUGUUGGCAAAAGCAUUAUUAGAUUGUUAUGAUAAUAGUACACAAGGAGGAUCACCUCCCUUAGCAUUACAAGUGUUUGUAGCUGGAAGAAAUAGACUGGAAAAUGAAGGUGCAAAGGCACUAGCAUCUGUUUUCCAAAAAUUAACCAGUUUAGAGGAAGUGGUUAUGCCUCAAAAUGGUAUAUAUCAUGAGGGUAUAACGGCAAUAGCUAAUGGAUUGUCUUCUAAUCCUAGAUUGCGAGUUCUAAAUCUCAAUGAUAAUACUGUUGGGCUGAAAGGAGCUCAAGCAAUUGCCAAGGCAUUGCCAAAUUUCAAAAAUUUAGAACAGCUUAAUCUUGGCGAUUGUUUACUCAAAACCCAAGGUGGUAUAGUUUUGGCAGAAGCACUAGGAGUUCAAGGAGGUUAUCCGUUACUUACUGAACUUAAUUUAAGUUAUAAUGAAAUUGGAACCAAGGGUGCUAAUCCUUUAGCUCUUGCUGUGGCGGACAAAGAACAUCUUAUAACCUUACAAUUGGAUGGAAAUUUGUUUGGUCAAACUGGUCGUACCAUUUUGCGCGAUUCGCUUACAGUUUCUGAAAGAAUUGGAUCAUUAAGUAUAUUGAGCGAUAAUAGUGACGACGAAGAUGAUGAUGAUGAAGACUCUAAUGAUGAUGAAGAAAAUAUAAAGGAAAAUGAAGAAGAAAAUGAAGAGGAAAAUGAAGAAAGUGAUGAAAAAGACGAUGAAAGUGAGGAUGAAAAUAAAAAAAAUAGAGAUAAUAAUAAACAUGCAUUUAUAAAUGACACUGCAUUAUCAAAAGUAACAGUUGCAGAAUUUCUAAAAUCACCAAUUGGAGAAAAAUUAUUAUUAUUACAAGGUGACGUAAUACAAGAUUUUGUAAAUUAUGCCAAAGAAGUAUCAAAACAUAGUAAGAAUACAUCUUCAAAAUUGAAAUUCAUUGAAGAGUUUACGAGAAUAAUUAUGAAAGUAUCAGCACUCAGUACAAGUGGUUAUAUUGAUGUGAGAUUAAAAUCUCAAAAUCUCACCGAUGCUUUGUAUUCCAAGCUAUGCUUCUUUGCAAUGCAAAGUAAUCAGGUUCCUACUUGGAAUAAUGCAUUGUUAGUCAAUUUAGGUUUAAUAAAAGCUGAAGAUAAAAAUAGUGGAAAAAUUGAUUGGAAUUUGGAAGGAUGUUUUAAAGCGUUAGAAAUAGUUAGUCAAAAAGAUUACUUUCUACAAGAAAUACGAACUACAUUAAUUUUCUUUUUACAAAAGCCAAUAAGAAUGAAUAAAAUGAAAGUUGUGGAUUCGUUUCAACAUUCGAAAGACUCUCUUAAAACUGUUUUAUGUCGUAUCCAAAAUACAUAA